CGCACCAGUAAGUUUUCCAUUCAUGGCUACCAAUCUCCGUCUGCCUCCCGUCUGUGACUUCCAUCCUCCGGCGACGAAAUACCCAAAACGCACCCGGAGAAUCUCCCUAAUUACAGCUUUGCCACUAGCCUCUUCUUCUUCUCGUACUAUAUUCAUCCGGAGAAACGAAACGUCGUCGUCGUUGACGACUACGACGAUUAAUGCUCUUACGGAUGAAGCGAGGGAGUUGCCGGAUUUAGGAUCUCUCUAUGAUUCUCGGGAUGCCCCUUUGUCUUCAAAGCUGGUUCUUGUUGUCGGCGGCACUGGUGGUGUAGGACAACUGGUGGUAGCAUCAUUGCUCAAAAGAAACAUUAAAAUGCGAUUAUUGCUGCGUGAUCCUGAGAAAGCCACUAUGUUAUUUGGUGAUCAGGACGAGAAUUUGCUACAGGUACGCAAAGGGGAUACUAGGAACCUGGAGGAUCUCGAUCCAUCGAUGUUUGAGGCUGUCACACAUGUGAUUUGUUGCACCGGGACUACAGCUUUUCCAUCAAAGAGGUGGACUGGAGAAAACACGCCUGAAAGAGUAGACUGGGAUGGCGUGAGAAAUCUCAUCUCAGGGUUGCCCAUAUCGGUGAAGAGAGUGGUUCUUGUUUCGUCUAUCGGUGUGACCAAAUUUAAUGAACUCCCUUGGAGCAUCAUGAACCUUUUUGGUGUUCUCAAGUACAAGAAGAUGGGGGAAGAUUAUCUUCGGGAUUCCGGUAUACCAUUUACGAUCAUCAGAGCUGGUAGAUUGACUGAUGGGCCUUACACAUCAUAUGAUCUGAAUACUUUGCUCAAAGCCACAGCUGGUGAACGUCGUGCAGUUAUAAUAGGUCAAGGAGACAAGCUUGUAGGAGAGGUAAGCCGGCUCGUGGUGGCCGAAGCUUGCAUACAAGCACUUGAUAUUGACUGCACCGAAGGCAAGGUUUACGAGAUAAAUUCCGUUAAGGGGGAUGGUCCGGGAAGUGAUCAGCAGAAGUGGAUGGAGUUGUUUAAAGCUGCAGAACCCAAAUGAGACCGAACGCAAAUCGUUUGUUACAUUGGUUCCAGUUUAAAAGGGGAACUAGUUGGAGAGCUCUGUCGUCUAGGAAGACCAAAAAAAAAAAAUUGUAUAUUGUUGUAAAGGGAAAAAAAA